CAAAAUAUCGCCGACGCUUCGUUUUUGCCGAUUGUCUUACUUCAGUCCAGUGGGCUACAAAAUACAGAGAGUGGUAUGAUCUCCCCGUAGCCCUCUCUCUCUCUCUCUCUCUCUCUGAACAGCACAGCCAGACUGAACUAAAGGGGUGGAAGAGAAAUCUAAUGGAGUAUGAGAGGAUUGACAAGGUUCAGACGGGCAUAAUUUCUCCCGGUAAGUUGAGGCUGAAGCUUAUAGGACCUCACCAUCAAAAGAGAAAGGAUGGAACAAAUAAUAAUUCUUCAAGAACAUCUCCAGCCAGGCUUGAUGAUGAUACAGAAUUUGUCAAGAACAGUCUAUUAGCUUCCAAAAAUGGAGAUUUUGAUGAUGAGGGUGGCUCAAAAGAUUCUAGUGAUCCUUCCCUUCACACUGUGGCUCCCAACCUUAAUUCAUCCUCUGUAAAAGCUCAUGGAGAGGGAAUAUCAAAUUCUGGCCAUGGUGAUCAGAUUGGUUCCAGGCCAAAGGAAACUGGGGAUAUGGCUCGUGUCAAAAUUCAACAUUUAUCAAGGGGAGUUAGUGGGAACUUGAGCACAGUUCAUCCUAUGAAAUCUCAAGAAGAAGAUAGUCCUGAUUAUGAUAGCAAUGCUAGUUCAUCUAGCUUUGAGUUUCAUAAAGGUGAGAGGUCCCUACACAAUCCCAUGGUGAGAUCGUUCUCCAGAUCGAUACCUUCUAAGUGGAAUGAUGCAGAGAAAUGGUUGGUUAAUAAGCAACCUGUACACUCUAAUCAUUCUAAGAAGAUGGUGUUGCAUAAUCAAGUGAACCGGCAAACAACAAUAAAUUUAGUGAAGGUUGUCCCUGAAAUCACCAGUUCUGAUCAAAAGGCAUCAAUUAUUCCUAUGGUUGAUACUAAGCGGAUUGAUUCCCAUCACUUUACCUCACAAGCAGGUUUGGAGAAGUUUUGUUUUGCUAGUUCUGGGACUAAUCCUGUUCCAGGUCUAGGAAAUGCAGCAAUUGAUCUUUGUCCCCUUGGCCAAGCUGAGAAGGAAAUGAGUCAAAAGGAAUUAUCUGGUCCAGGACGGUUCGCUCCGAAUACAGCAGUGUUUCCCAACAUAAGGUCAGUGGCAAUGAGGGACAUGGGAACAGAAAUGACACCUGCUACAAGUCAAGAGCCUUCAAGGACUGCAACCCCUGUAGGGGCAACCACCCCUCUCCGUAGCCCAACUUCCUCAAUUCCAUCAACUCCUGGAAGAGGAGCGCCAGCAUCCACGCCAAUGGACUUCACCACCGAUGAUGAUGUAGAACAUCCAAAAGAAGGUUACAAGAAAGAGCUAUCUGAGCAAGAAUUGAAGAUUAAGACAAGAAAAGAGAUUGUAGCCCUCGGUGUUCAACUGGGUAAGAUGAACAUUGCUGCUUGGGCAAGUAAAAAUGAGACCGAAAAGAAUGUUACUUCCGUUGAACACAUUGAUACAGAAGAACGGAUUAGAGUUGAGUAUGAAAACCGAGCAGCAGCCUGGGAAGAAGCCGAAAAAUCUAAACACACAGCCAGAUACAAACGUGAAGAGAUCAAAAUUCAAGCAUGGGAGAGUGAACAGAAAGCAAAAUUAGAAGCUGAGAUUAGGAGAAUAGAGGCAAAAGUUGAACACAUGAGAGCCCAUGCUCAAGAGAUGAUGAUGACAAAGAUUGCAAUCGCAAGGCAGCGAUCGGAAGAAAAAAGGGCUGCCGCAGAAGCCAAAAGGAACAGGCAAGCAGAAAAAACUACUGCUCAAGCAGAGUAUAUCCGCCAAACAGGCCGAAUUCCACCAUCCCAUUUCAUCUGUUGUAGUUGGGCAUCUUAAAAUUCUUAAAAUGCCUGAGGAAUUCACCUUGAGUUCAAGCUAAGUCCUUGGUGUCUUUUUCCUAUUGCCUUGUUUGUUAACCCUUUCUGAGCUUGGUGAGGGUUCUUUCUGUGUAUUCUGUAUACAUGAUAUGUGAAUUAGUGCAAUUGUUGCAGUCUUGGUUA